AUCGUCAAUCAUCGCCACUAUAAUAAGCAUCCAGCCGUUGUGUCACCAUUCAUAAUUUCUUUGAUAAGCAGGCUUGUGCAAUUAAAAAUGAAACUCAAGUUUUGGAUAUAUCUGUUCGUGGUUUUAACAUUAGCACUAUAUGUAACCGCUAGACCGGGGAAAGGUCAAGGCAAAGCGAAGGGGCUGGACAAAGGGAAAGUAGGCAAAGGUCGGGGACGAGGACCACCACCCGGUCGUGGAAAGGGCAAUAAAAAGCCGGGCAAAGGCGGGCGCGGUGGACCGCCCGGUGAUGGUGUCCCGGUGGUCGUAGUGCCGAUUCCUGUUGCGCCAGACUGCAGCUAUCAUUACUGUCCACAACUGCCUUGUCCGCUCAACAAACAGGUGGAAAUACCGGGCGAGUGUUGUUUUCAGUGUCAAGACAUAUGUGCGCUAGUUGACUGUGCACAGCAACUACCCGAUUGCUCCGGCGGAUCUAAGCCAAUUAAGAAGCCAGGCGACUGCUGUCUCAGCUGUCCACAAGGGGAAGAGGAUUGUUCUCUUUUACAGUGUGGCAUCCCGUUAUGCCCCGGGAACGCCAAGCCGGAAAAACUUCCAGGUAAUUGCUGCCCGAGUUGCCCGCCUGACCCGUGUGCUGAAAUUCCGUGUCCACUACUAAGCUGUCCUGGUGGCGCCGACCCAGUGAAAAUGCAAGGCGACUGUUGUUCCUCCUGUCCAGCUGACCCGUGCGAUAACGUUCCUUGUGAACGGCCACUCUGCGGACCGGGCUUGGAACCAGCACGAAAACCAGGAGAAUGCUGCCCUACCUGCCCGCCUGAUCCCUGCGCGGGGGUUGCCUGUCCACUCCAGCCGCCUUGUCCGGGCGGCGCAAAGAGGGUGAUGAAGCCGGGAGAAUGCUGUGAAACAUGUCCGCCGGAUCCAUGCGCGUUAGUUGCUUGCCCCGUAAUGGAACCAUGUGCUGUCGGCACGAUGCCAGUGACAAAGAUCGGAGACUGCUGUCCCAGCUGCCCGGAUGACUGUGCGAAUACAAAGUGCCCACAACGGGCCGACUGCCCCGGGGGAGUUGUUCCGAUUAAGAAGCCUGGCCAGUGUUGCCCUUCAUGUCCGGGCGCACCCGCAAAGCCCGGUAGUUGCCCGGCGAUGACCCCCGACGUGAUGUCCAAAUGUAUCAUUACCGGGGACUUCUGUGAAAAUGAUGCCGAAUGUCCCGACGACGACAAGUGCUGUAACGACGGCUGUGGACGCUCCUGUCAGCCGCCUGAUGGCUGCAUUGAAAAUGGAAUAUCUUUUAAUGAAGGGGAAGCAAUGCCCGGCGAUGACGCCUGUAUUAGUUGCCACUGUAACAUGGGACAGAAAGACUGCACGGUCAAAUUUUGCCCUGAUCCAACUUGCGCUGUGCCCGUUAAAACGCCCGGUGUUUGCUGCGAUACAUGUCCGCCAUAAGUACGAACUAACAUUGGGUCGAGUACUUCAUAUCCAUGUGACCAAGAAAUUGGAGUAAAUGGUUAUUUAUAAUUGUCAUGAUUUAACUCGUUCGUGCCUGUUUAGUUUUGUUGUUGUGGUAAAAAAGUUAAAAACACUUGUGACCUUCAUUGACAGCUUAUCAUAAUAACAGAACUUGUCGUCUUUACUACAUACAUGUAUUGUAUACCUUCAUUAAUCAGGGCCAGUGGUGUACAGUCAACAGGUUGUUAUUGUUUGACUUGAAUUUUGUUAAUAUAUAAAUCAAUAAAAUAAGUGUUAGUAC